CCUGUUUUUUUUCUGUUGUCUGUUAUAUAACGUUAGUGAUGCUCGUUUCAAUUCAUUUCUUAAUCAGCUAAACAGGUCAGUUAAGAAACAGUCAAAUAUUAAGUUAAAUUUGAAAACGGUUUAAAAAAAAAUAUCUCCAUUCCAAAAUGUCACAUGACAAUCUCAUUGGCUCACGGAGUUAUGAUGUCACAACACUUUGAUCCUUUGAAGUUUGUCCUUAAACAGGGGUGAGAAACAGCAGUUUUUUAGUUCGUGUCCUCGCAGCAUUUGUGUUUGCAGCCUUCACGCGUUCACCACAGAAACUUUUGGAAACCUUUUCAGAGUUGUCGUGUACAACCUUCAACAACAUGUAUCCAACAAGACACCAACCAAGGCAAAAAGAUUACGCCGCUUCUCCUUCCUGUCGUGGCCAGCCAAAUGACCUCUUAGCCGUCCAAAGGGCAUUACAUGACAGUAAGAAGGAAAACUACCAUCUCCAGAAUAAAAUUCAACAGAUUGAAGAUGAGAAACUUCAACUGGAGGAGAAGUGUAGACAGAUGGAAGUGAAAUAUAAAAGCCUGGAAGAAAGACAAAAACGCCAGCCCGACAUAAAUAUUAUUAAUGAGGGUUGGGGAAUCAAGUUUGGACAAGCCCGAGAGCAGAUUGUCUUCCUAAUUAAGGAAAACAAGCAAAAGAGCGCGGAACUAAAGGAGAUGUCCAACCAGCUUAAAGACAGCAAAGCUACGGUUGAGAAGACAGAAUGGGAUCUCCAAUAUAUGGACCAAAGGAAUCGGCUGCUCCAAACAAACUUCGAUGAAGCUGUGAAAAAAAAUAAAGAAAUCCUCCAACAGAAGGAAGAACAGGAGAAAAAGCAAAGAGACAUGGAGCACAAACUCAAAGUCACGGAGGAAAAAUACAGAAUGCUGAAAGAGAAGGUGGAUGAUACUCUGCGCCAAAACAAAGACCUUCUUCAAGAGAAAAAGCAACUAGAAGGGGAAAAAGAAAAACUGGACAAACAAUGCUCGCACAUGCAGAAAAGGAUGGAGCAAAUGGCGAGAAACAACUCCGAGCUCACUAAGGGGAUAUUGUUGGAAUACAACAACUUGAAGCGCAAACACACUGAAAUGCAGGCGCAAAAGCAAGAACAAGACAACAUACAUGACGACCUGCAGCGUACGCUCCAAGAUAUCCACAGAAGAAAUGAGGAGCUACAAGACAUGUACAAAGAAGUACAACAGAGAAACGCAGACAUGCACAAGGACAAGAUAAUGCAGGAGGAAACAUCCGAAGAGCUCAGGGAAAAGCUUGAAGAAAAACAAGCAACCUUGGAAGAGGUGGAGAAAACAUGCAAGAAGCUUGAGAAACAAAACAAAGAAACCAUCGAUGAGUUGAGAACCCUCAUCCUGGAAAAAAAAGCUCUUGUAGAAAACUGCAUGAAAAAGAAGAACAAACGCUUCCGCUGGCCCUGGAGGAGGAACUCUACUGCUUCCUCACCUGGUGUAGCCUCGUCUUGCUCCACCUCUGUUCACCUCCCCAACCAGUCCCGGCAGUUGACUGUCCCCUCCUGAGCCUGGUUCUGCCGGAGGUUUCUGCCCGUUUAAAGGCAGUUUUUCCUCCCCACUGUCGCCUAGUGCGUGCUCAGAGGGGAUUGUUGGGGUUUU